AAAUAAUAAUAAUAUUUUUUUUCUCUCGACUUUAUAAUGAAUACAAUUGUAACUCUUAAUGUUGGUGGUGUUCUUUACACUACUACAAAAGAUACAUUGUUAAAAUAUGAAAGUUUCUUUUCAGGUCUUUUCAGUAAUAAUUUCUCUUUUACACUUGAUAAUAACAAUAACAUUUUCAUUGAUAGAAGCGGUGAAUUAUUCAAAUAUGUGCUCGAAUUUUUAAGAAAUAAUACUUUACCAAAAAGAGCUUUGUCAGAUAAGGCUCUACUUGAAGAAUUAUUGCAAGAAGCUGAAUUUUAUUGUAUUGAAAAACUUAUCACUGAAAUUAAAUUAAACCUGGAUUCUACAAAAAAUAUUAAAAUUCGAUUAUGGGAUCUUGAAGAUUACUUAAAGAAAGGUUAUCAUGUCAUUGGAAAGGGAAUGGAACUCAUUCAAUAUCACCGAUGCCCUCAUAGACAUGAUCCUGAACGAAUUGGUGAGAAUCGAUAUCAUGAUUCAAAGUGCCGACAUUCACAUGUUGAAAUAGUUGAAGAAUAUGUGCCUUUUUCAAUAGUAUCAAUUAAUAGUCCAGUAUUACCUAUAUUUGACGUAUCAACAGGAACAUUUACGGGAGAACGAAUAAUUAAAAAAUUUCAUUGAACACAAUAUGUAUUGGGUAAAUAUUAUUUUCCAAGUGCCAUUAUAUAUGAAAAUUCUGUUGUUGUGUGAAUGAUCCACUUCUAAAAAAAAUAGAUUUUAACUUACGUUCGAUCCUUAUAAAAGCAAAAACCUUGCUUUUUAUAAAGACAAUAGAAUGAAGUAGCAAAUAGCAAUAGUUAAAUUCAAUUGGACAAUAUUAAAUACUUGAUUUUUAUGAUUCAAAUAAAUUUCUGGUGUAAAGUUGUGAAAUUGUGAAUAUUACAGUAUUAAUAAAGAAUGUUUUGAAUAAUUAUAAGUAAUUAUAUUUAUUUAAGUAUUUUGAAAACACUAUUAUUAUAAGUCAAAUUCUCAGCCAUCCAUUCUAUGAAUAGCUAACCUAAUUAAAAUCUAAAAAAUAUCUAUAUAUUGAUGUCCAUUUAAUAUCAAUUUUUUUUUU